AUGUUUUCACCCCAUGUCGAGCAAUGUAUAGGUGGCGGCGUGGAAUACAUGGCAUGGCCGCUGGAAUCCAAGUAUCCUGGCUUCGAUUGGGUCGUAUGCAGAACAAGGCUGCCCAGCCUUCCCACCAGAACAGCCGGUGUAUGGAUCCCAAUUGCCGGCUUCGACGGAUGCAGGAUUGAAGACGAGGGUGGGUUUACGUAUAAGCUGCUGGUAGGCAAAAAGUAUCAGAUGCUUAAACCGUCCAGAAGGAAGAUCCAAUACAGUAUCGACCGUUACGUUAACGGGACUCGCCGCCUUUACUCUGUUAUAAACUCGCAACUCGGGCUUACUCUAGGUAAGCUUUCCAGACACACUGGAAUCUCCCUAGACGAGUUCCCGCAUAUCGACAAGUGGCCGAAUACGCUUUCCCAGAGGCCGGCUUUCCAGAAUGGUCGGUAA